GAGAUGGAACCUCGUCAACAAUAAAAACCCGGAGUGGACAAAGAACAAUGGAUACAUGGUUCCUAGCAACACCAAAACAGAAGGCCGUUUGCUAAAUUGGGAAAUGAAUGCAUUGAUAUUACAGCACGAAGAAAGGAAUGUUAAGGUUGUAUUGUUUUUUAUUUUCUUCCCCCUGAAUCUGGUAAAGCCGUGUUGUCUGGAAGACGGAAUCGAACACCACACGGAAGCAGCACGGACGGAAACGCGUCAAAAGUGAAGCGUGUUGCCGUAGCUCAGCAAUCCCGUGCGAUACGACAGAAAACCGAAGGCGAAAAUCAUGUUCAAAAACACAUUCCAAAGUGGGUUUCUUUCGAUAUUGUAUAGUAUCGGUAGCAAACCUCUCCAAAUAUGGGAUAAAAAGGUGAGAAAUGGUCACAUCAAGCGAAUUACUGAUAAUGACAUUCAUUCACUCGUGUUGGAGGUCGAAGGGACGAACGUCAGUACUACCUAUAUAACUUGCCCUGCUGACCCAAAGAAGACGCUGGGCAUCAAGUUGCCUUUUCUUGUUAUGAUAAUAAAAAAUUUAAAGAAGUAUUUCACCUUUGAAGUCCAGGUGUUGGAUGAUAAAAAUGUUCGACGGCGGUUUCGGGCAAGUAACUACCAGAGCACAACGCGUGUAAAACCCUUCAUCUGCACAAUGCCUAUGAGACUUGAUGAUGGCUGGAAUCAGAUACAGUUCAAUCUGUCAGAUUUCACUAGGAGAGCCUAUGGAACCAAUUAUAUUGAGACGUUGCGUGUUCAGAUUCAUGCCAACUGCCGUAUUAGAAGAGUGUAUUUCUCAGACAGGCUUUACUCUGAGGAUGAGCUCCCAGCAGAGUUUAAACUCUACGUCCCAGUCCAGAGCCAGAAGGCCAAGCAGUAGAGGUCCUGAACAAUGUGCACUCUUUCCCCAAAGGUCAUGCAUUGUUUUAGCUGUAUAAUAUUGUGUAGGUUUAGUCACAUGAUUGUUUCUGCUGCUUUUAUGUGUUUUUCAUAUUUGUGAAUAAAAGAAAAUCUAAGUAAGAGUCUCUUGCCUGUUUGU